CCGCCGUGUUUAUCCCCUCUCUUCAAUCUUCAUCUCAUCGUCUUCUUUAGUAGGGGGGGAGCAUUUGGAAUAAGCUAUUCCGCUUUAUUAUCCCCCGAAUAAAUUCCUUUUAUUCUCCUGUUCUUAUUAUUCAAUCUCAGUAAUAAGAGAGAGAGAGAGAGAGAGAGAGAGAGAGAGAGAGAGAGAGUAGGGACGUGGUUUCGUGGCCUAUAUGAACGCGGCUUUCUCCUUCCUCCUCCGACUCUGCAACACCCAUCGAUAACCCUAACCCUAGCCCGAGGUUCGGGGAGGAGGAGAUAAGAGGAGGAGGAGGAGGAGGGGGGGUGGGGGAGAUGCCCUCGCUCUCGUGCGCGAACCUCCUCGACCUCGUCGCAGCGGCCGACGCCGAGCUCGCGUCCCCCGGGCGCGGCCCCGCGCGGCUCCCGCGCGUGAUGACCCUCCCCGGCGUGAUCGCCGCGGAGGCCGAGGCGGAGGCGGAGGCGGAGGCGCCGCAGUCGCCGGCGCCGGGGCCGGCGCGGCGCAUCGUGGUGGCGCACCGGCUCCCGCUGCGGUGCGCCCCCGACCCCUCGGCGGGGCCGAUCGGGUUCGCCUUCUCCCUCGACCCCGACGCGCUGGCGCUGCAGCUCCGCUCGGGGCUCCCGCACCCCGUCGUCCACGUCGGGGCCCUCCCCGCGGCGGCGGCGGCGGCGGCGGCCUCGGCCGGCGGCGGCGAGGUGGAGGAGCUGGCGCAGAUGCUCCUGGCGCGGUUCUCGUGCGUGCCCGUGCUCCUCCCCCCGGAGCUCCACCACCGCUUCUACCACGGGUUCUGCAAGCACUACCUGUGGCCGGUUCUGCACUACCUGCUGCCGCUGACCCCUUCGUCCCUGGGGGGCCUCCCCUUCGACCGCGCCCUCUACCGCUCCUUCCUCUCGGCGAACAAGCUGUUCGCGGACCGCGUGACGGAGGUGCUGAACCCGGACGACGACUACGUGUGGAUCCACGACUACCACCUCCUGGCCCUCCCGACCUUCCUCCGCAAGCGGUCCCCGCGCGUGAAGCUAGGGUUCUUCCUCCACUCCCCCUUCCCCUCCUCCGAGAUCUUCCGCACCAUCCCCGUCCGCGACGACCUCCUCCGCGCGCUGCUCAACGCCGACCUCGUCGGCUUCCACACCUUCGACUACGCCCGCCAUUUCCUCUCCUGCUGCAGCCGCAUGCUCGGCCUCACCUACGAGUCCAAGCGGGGCUACCUCGGCAUCGAGUACUACGGCCGCACCGUCACCGUCAAGAUCCUCCCCGUCGGCGUCGACAUGGCCCAGCUCCGCUCCGUCGUCGCCGCGCCCGAGACCCUCGCCAGGCUCCGCGACCUCUCCCUCGCCUUCAAGGACCGCGUCCUCCUCCUCGGGGUCGACGACGUCGACCUCUUCAAGGGCAUCGGCCUCAAGUUCCUCGCCAUGGAGCAGCUCCUCGAGGAGCGCCCCGAGCUCCGCGGCCGCGCCGUGCUCGUCCAGAUCGCCAACCCGGCGCGCAGCCACGGGCGCGACGUCGAGGGGGUGGUCGACGAGGCCCGCUCCAUCACCCGCCGCAUCAACGCCCGCUUCGGCCGCCCCGGCUACGACCCCAUCGUCCUCGUCGACCGCCCCGUGUCGACCUUCGAGAAGGCCGCCUACUACGCCGCCGCCGAGUGCGUCGUCGUCAACGCCGUCCGCGACGGCCUCAACCGCAUCCCCUACAUCUACACCGUCUGCCGCGAGCUGCUCGCCCCCGCCCGCCGGAGCGUGAUCGUCGUCUCGGAGUUCAUCGGCUGCUCGCCCUCGCUCAGCGGCGCCGUCCGGGUCAACCCCUGGAACGUCGACGCCGUCGCCGAGGCCAUGAACUCCGCCGUCGCCAUGCCCGACCCCGAGAAGCAGCUGCGCCACGAGAAGCACUACAAGUACGUGAGCUCCCACGGCGUCGACUACUGGGCGCGCUCCUUCGACCUCGACCUGCAGCGCGCCUGCCGCGACCACUUCCUCCGCCGCUGCUGGGGGAUCGGCUUCGGCAUGAGCUUCCGCGUCGUCGCCCUCGGCCCCAACUUCCGCAAGCUCUCCGUCGAGCACAUCGUUGCCGCCUACCGCAGGACCGCCAGCAGGCUCGUAUUGCUCGACUACGACGGCACCAUGACGCCGCACAGCUCCAUCAACAAGACGCCGAGCGCCGAGGUCAUCGCCGUCCUCAACGCCCUCUGCGCCGAUCCCAAGAACGUGGUUUUCGUCGUCAGCGGGCGCGCCAAGGAUGAGCUGAGCAAGUGGUUCCAGCCGUGCGAGAGAUUGGGGAUUUCCGCCGAGCACGGCUACUUCACCAGGUGGAGCCGCGACUCUCCGUGGGAGUCGUGCAACUUGACGGUGGACUUCGAUUGGAAAAAGAUCGCCGAACCCGUAAUGCGCCUUUACACAGAGGCGACUGACGGAUCCUACAUUGAGCGCAAGGAGAGCGCGUUGGUGUGGCAUCAUCAGGAGGCCGACCCGGAUUUCGGAUCGUGCCAGGGGAAAGAACUCCUCGAUCACUUGAAGAGCGUCCUCGCAAACGAGCCCGUCGUCGUGAAAAGGGGCCACCAUAUUGUAGAAGUUAACCCUCAGGGAAUAAGCAAAGGAGUUGUGGUGGAAAAUCUCAUUUCGACCAUGGUGAGCAGAGGGAAAUCACCCGAUUUCAUAUUAUGCGUCGGGGACGACCGAUCUGACGAAGACAUGUUCGAGAGCAUCAUAAAUUCCACGAAUAACCCUUCGUUGCCAGCGAUCGCAGACGUCUUCGCUUGCACCGUCGGCAACAAACCGAGCAUGGCGAAGUAUUAUCUCGACGAUACCGUCGAUGUUGUGAAAAUGCUUCAAGGUCUAGCCAAUGCAUCGGCCCAGCUACCUAGACCGUCGGAGCGGCAGGUCUCGUUCGAAGGUUUGGUUUAAACUUCAAAUGAAAAAAAAAAAAUUACACGCGCUUUCGCCUACUUCGAUACGAGAAUGACAAGUUUGGUUGGAAAUUAAUGACCGAUAUAAACUCGAACCAGCUAUGCUAACCGGAAAAAAAAAAAAAAAAAGAUCAAAAAGGUGGUGGUGAAAAAGAAAUAAAAGGUUCAAAAUAUACCAAAUUUUAUCCUUCUUUUCGCUGUGUACAUAUAUAAGAAAAACUCUUCUUUGUUCAUGUAGAUGACUAUGACGACGACAACAGUUUAUAUGAUUUCAUCCAUUUGUUUUCAUAAUUUUCUCCUGUAUAAUGUCGAAUUCUUUCUCGUUGCAUAAUUCUUAUAGCAUGGGUUGUGAUAGAUGCGUCGAUUUCCGAUUAUUCAAUAAUGAAAUCUCCGCUCGUCGAAUCGAUUCGGGGAACUUUCCUUUUCUUUA